AUCAACGUUCGACUCUCUUGUCCAGGUCUAAAAUCCAAAAUCACUGUUGAUGUUUUCAUAAUAAAAUAUCACGAGGAUCGGUUGCAGGUUGCAGGGUCAUCACAAAUGGGUAUCAUCGAGUCAUGGGACUGAUAAGAAACAGUCACGUAAGCAUGUUGUUACAGCUCAGCAGGAUGUGAAAGGAAGAUAAAUCAACCUGAAGGAAUACAUUUACUGCAUCGCACUGCUACUUAUUAUGUACUUGUCGAGUUGAAACACAUAAAUCAUGUAUCAUUUUGAAAAAUUAAAGUCAGUGUUUCACAGGAGUCAGCUAACCUCGUAUAUCCGGGGUACGCACCAGUCGGCUUCGAGGAUCGACAGGAUCAACAAGAUUCUGAUAGCAAACCGAGGAGAGAUAGCAUGUCGCAUAACGAAAACUGCCAAGAAGCUCGGCGUAAGGACCGUGGCGGUGUACAGCGAGGCAGACAGGAAUUCCAUGCACGUGGAGCAGGCCGAUGAGGCUUACUGCAUCGGUCCGGCUCAAUCAAGCCAGAGUUACCUGCGGCAGGACAAGAUUAUAUCGGUGGCCAAGCAGGCGAAGUGCCAAGCCGUGCAUCCGGGAUAUGGAUUUCUUUCGGAGAAUACAGAAUUCGCGGAGCUGUGCCAGAAGGAGAAUAUCAUAUUUAUUGGUCCACCAGCCAGUGCCAUCAGAGAUAUGGGUAUAAAGAACACCUCAAAGGCUAUCAUGACAAAAGCUGGAGUUCCUAUCAUAGAAGGAUAUCACGGUGAGGAUCAGACGAACGAAACCUUGUUGGCAGAAGCCAGGAAGAUUGGCUUCCCAUUGAUGAUCAAGGCCGUGCGCGGUGGCGGCGGGAAAGGUAUGAGGAUCGCUCAGAGGGAGUCCGAUUUCGUCGAGGCGCUGGAAUCCGCGAGAACCGAGUCCGAGAAGGCGUUUGGCGAUUCAGCGGUGCUUCUGGAAAAAUAUGUUAUCGACCCUAGGCAUGUGGAAGUACAGAUCUUCGCUGACAAGCACGGGAAUGUCGUCUAUCUAUUUGAAAGAGACUGCUCCGUGCAAAGGAGGCAUCAGAAAGUGAUCGAAGAAGCGCCUGCUCCUGGCAUUUCUCAGCAGCUGAGGCAGGAAUUGGGCGAAGCGGCUGUGCGUGCCGCUAAAGCUGUGGGAUAUGUAGGCGCCGGAACGGUGGAGUUCAUAAUGGAUCGGAAUAAUCACAGUUUUCACUUUAUGGAGAUGAAUACGCGUCUCCAGGUAGAGCAUCCCGUCACCGAGGCGAUUACUGGCCUGGAUCUGGUUGAGUGGCAACUGAGAAUUGCGAGCGGCGAGGAACUCCCGCUUAAGCAAGAACAGAUCCGUCUUAACGGCCACGCGUUUGAAGCGAGAAUUUAUGCCGAGAAUCCAAGGAAUGGUUUCUUACCAGGAGCCGGUCAGCUUUUGUACUUAAAGCCUCCUGAAGCAACGGGCAAUGUCAGAGUCGAAACUGGAGUGCGACAGAACGAUGAGGUAUCUGUACAUUACGAUCCGAUGAUAGCGAAAUUAGUGGUCUGGGGAAAGGACAGGGGCGAAGCCCUUAAUGUACUUAUAUCGAAACUCAGUGACUACAAUAUAGCUGGCUUGGAUACGAACAUAGAAUUUAUUAAAGAUCUCUGUGCGCAUCCGAAAUUUCAAAAUGGCGAAGUGCAUACGGGGUUUAUUGAGGAAAAUUUUGAGCAACUAUUCCCUAAGUUACACAUAUCUAACAGAAUACUGAUUCAGGGUACUCUCGCCUCGAUACUGUAUGAAGAUAUGGAGUCGUUAAGCGUGUCUUUGGAGACAAAGGAUCCUUUUACACCAUUCGCUGUGGAAACGGGCCUCAGAUUAAAUCACGUGUUAAACCGUACAUUUCUCUUCGAUGUUGGAAAAGAAAAUAACAUAGUGGAGGUGAAAUACCCUGAACCGGAUGUGUAUCUGAUGAGAGUCAAUAGAUUAGGACCAUGGAGGAAAGUAACUGGAACUUUGAAGAAGACUGAUGGUGCUUUAGAAUUGUUUGCGGAAAUUGACGAGAUUGUCACUAAGGCGCGAACGGUGAAACUUAAUAACAAGCUACACAUAUUUACCAAGGAUCGUGAAUGGCAAUUGGUUAUUCCCACUCCCAAGUUUGUGACCGCGAUUACAAGCCAGGACGAGCAAAAUCCAUACACCGCUUUGAGCCCGAUGCCUGGAUUAGUUGACAAGGUUUUCAUCGACAAGGGGGACACAGUAAAGAAGGGCGAUUCGUUGCUUGUUAUUGUCGCUAUGAAAAUGGAGCAUAUUAUUAAAGCGUCUGUAGAUGGAAUUGUUGAGGACGUGCUGUGCUCUAUAGGUGAUAACGUUGCCAAAAAUAAGCUUCUCGUGAAAUUGACCAAGUGCCAAAUAUAAUAUAUAUUUUAUAAUAAAGAUAGCACUGAGAUAAAAGGUACUGAAAUAAGGAUGCAGAACUUAUAAUUGUUGAAUGAUUAUCGUUAGAUCUAAAAUAAAUUAUAUUUUGUUACAUGUAUUUUUUAAUAAAAAAGAAAGAGACAAUAAAUUUUGCAAAACAGA